AAUGAAAUGCAAUAUUAGCUUGACAAAAAAAGUCCUUUUUCUUUUUACAUGAACUCUAGGGCUGAAUGAAACUGAGUGUUACAUUCCUAGUUUUUAACAAAAAAAAAAAAAGGUACAAUUUUAUAUUAUUUCUGGCAUGACAUAAAAUUUUGGAAAGUUUAACACACCAAACCAUGAUUGAAAAUGUUCAAUUCUAUCCCUGCUUUACCACUCCUUGAACUAAUAAAUCUUUAAGACAGGGAAAACAAGAAGACAAUUGCUUUUCUAAAUACUGUUUGCUCUAAAGUUUCUUUAUCCUCUUUCCUCCCUCAGUAGUGAAUACACCUGGAGAAGUGAUGGCUCCUAAUGUUUUCCUAAAUACCAAGGGUUUGUAAUUAGAGUAAUUCACAUCUGUGUUUAACAAGGAAAUCACUUUGCACCAACCCUCCCUGCUCCUCACCCAGAGAAAUUCCCCUUUCUUUUUCACUUAAAAAUGAGUGCUUUCAGCUACAAUUUCUUUUUAUUGCAUGUUUCCCCCUACAUUUCUUUCCUUGAAGCUUGCAACACUAACAUAGAGACCUCAGCAUCUGAUAUUAACAUUACUUUUGCCUACAACACCCAGUGGAAUGUCACAAAUUACUUAUAACCACAGCUAGAUCUGCAGGGCAGGAAUAAGCAGAAAAUAGUCCUUUAAUUUAAAUGGCAGAUUGAGGGACAACGUUGUGUGGCAUUCCUGUAACAGCACUAACUCCCAACACAGGAUAAAUGGUUUCUCCACACAAAAAAGCUCACAGUAUGAAACAUGCCAAUCAUUUGCUUUUAAAUUUUUAAAAGUUUAAUAAUAAUAAAAUGGCUAUAAAAAUAGCAAUAUAAUUAGAAUAAUAAAAAUUUGGACCAUUUGGAUUAGGACAGUAUGAGACAAUAAGAACAAAGGGUUAUGGACGGUCCAAGUACCUUUUUUCAGGGCAAAAUAAACCCCAAAAAGGACACACAUUAACCCUUAAAAGCAAUAGCCUGUUACAUAUUCAUACAAUUCAUACAAGAUGCAUAAAUUCCAUUCAAACAGAGUAUUCUGUCCAGUCAGUGUCAACUUCCUCUUAAUCCUAACAGCAUCUUCAGGGCUGAGCAGGGCAGGAAGAAGUUCGUUUCUUCUGAUAAGGGAGGAAUAAAUUCUUUUUCUCUGAAAGAUUUAUGUGUCCUGUGGCUGCUCUCUGUGCGAGUCCUCUCUUUUAAAAAAGUAUCUUACAUAGCAUAGUUUCUAUUUUAGCAUUAUGUUAUAAUCUAAAUAUUUAACACACUAAGAAAAUUAAUACAGCAUAACUUUUUAACAUAACAGAUACAAUAUUCAUGUUAAUAUUUGCAAAAGCUAAUCAUAAAAUACACAUUUUUCCACAACAGGGACAGAUGGCCACCAUCAAAACAAGGGAGAUCAAAGCCCUUAAGGAAAGCCAUAGCACCUGCUCCUUCAUCCCACAAAAAAUCCAUUGUGUCCUUGGUGCCAUGGGCUAACAGCCAGCUUCAACCACGGAAGAGAGUUUCCACCUUUAGGAAGCGGAACUCCCAAUCCUUAGGGCAACCCUUACUGUCCCAGGCUGGACACAGAGGACACAAACAGAGGGAAGGGUGACCUCAGAGAGCGUGGGGAUGGCAGAAAAAAACCCAACUCGCCUCAGCAAAGCCACUCUCCCGCCCUGCCCAUCCCAGGACUCCCGUCCCUCAGCGCCGCGGCUUUCAAGGGAACGGCGCGCGCCCUCCCGCCCCUCCAGCCCGGCCCUGAUUGGCUGCGGCGGGAGGGGCGGGGCCGGGCCGCAGGGUGACGCGUCAGCCGGGCGGGUCACGUGGCCGCGCCCUCCCCGGUGCGCUCGGGGGCUGCUGGAUCCGGCUGCCGGCACCGCCGCCCCUGCCCUGCCGUGCCCGUGCUGUCAGCGCCCGGCCAGCGCCGCUCGCAGCCCCGCACCAAGGGCUGAGCAGCCGGCUGCAGUGCUCGGCCAGGAGAUUUCAACGAUCCCAAGACAAAAGUUCUGCAGAAAUGACCUCUUGUCAAGUCACUUUUGAAGUAACAGGAUCAUCAGCACCAGGAGAGGUUUUUGCAAUAUGUGGGAGCUGCAGUGCUUUGGGAAAUUGGAAUCCCCAGCUUGCAGUGGUCCUCCAGGGUCUGGAUACUCUGUCUGAGGUAAAAUGGACAGCUACUGUAGAGCUUCCUAGAGGAGUUCCUGUUCAGUAUCGGUAUUUUAAAGGAUACUUUCUAGAACCUAAGACUAUCGAUGGUCCCUGCGAAGUCAUAGUUCACACGUGGGAGACUCAUCUACAACCACGAUCAAUUACCCCUUUAGAAAAUGAAAUUACUGUCGAUGAUGGAAACUUUGGAAUCUGUAAUAGUAUUGAAACUGUGGAUGCUGGGUGGCUGACAUGUCAGACAGAAAUAAGGCUACGUCUGCAUUAUUCCGAGAAACCCCCUGUACUGAUUUCUAAGAAGAAAUUUAAAACAUCAAGGUUUAGAGUAAAAUUGACCCUAGAAGGGCUAGAGAAGGAUGAUGAUGAAGAAGGCCAAGAGAAGACAUCCCCUACUGUCCCUCAGAAAAUGGCAAACACGGUGGAGUUCUCCUGGAUCAGUGACACUGACUACAUAUGUCGACGCACUCAGCCAGACUGUGGCUAUAUUUUGCAGCCAGACCGAUGGAUAGAAUACACAAUACAAACCAUGGAGCCUGAUAACUUGGAAUUAAUAUUUGAUUUUUUUGAGGAAGAUUUAGGUGAGAAGGUGGUACAAGAUGAUGUGCUCCCAGGUCACGUAGGCUCUGCCUGCCUCCUGUCAUCCACAAUCGCAGAAUUCGGAAGGAGUUCUGGAGUUCUUACACUGGCUAUCAUGAGCAGAAAUCCAAGGAAGACAAUUGGAAAAGUUAGAGUGGACUACAUCAUCAUCAAACCCAUCCAGGGAUAUGCUUGUGAUAUGCAGGCUUCAUAUGCAAAGUACUGGAAACCAAGAACAACUCUGGAUGUUGGACACAGGGGAGCAGGGAAUUCUACAACAACAACUAAGCUUGCUAGAGUUCGAGAGAACACCAUUGCAUCCCUGAGGAGCGCUGCUAGUCAUGGAGCAGCAUUUGUGGAAUUUGAUGUACAUCUUUCUAAAGAUCAUGUGCCUAUAGUAUACCACGAUCUCACGUGUUGCAUGUCCAUGAAAAAGAAACUGGACACGGAGCCUUCAGAACUGUUUGAGAUUGCAGUCAAAGAACUCACAUUUGAUCAGCUGCAGUUAUUAAAGCUGGCUCACGUGACGGCCCUGAAAGUAAAAGAUCACAAUGCAUCUUUUAAAGAGGAAGAGAACUUUGCUUUUGAGAUGCAGCCAUUUCCUUCUCUGCAGACAGUCCUGGAGUCUGUUCCUAAAGAUGUUGGGUUCGACAUAGAAGUAAAAUGGAUCUCCCAGCAAAGGGAUGGACAGUGGGAUGGCAACUUGUCAACUUACUUUGAUAUGAACACUUACCUAGAUAUUAUUCUGAAAACUGUUUUGAUGAAUGCUGGACAAAGAAGAAUUGUGUUUUCUUCUUUUCAUGCAGAUAUUUGUACAAUGAUCCGGCACAAGCAAAACAAGUAUCCUGUGUUAUUUCUCACCCAAGGGGAAUCUAAACUCUUUCCAGAGCUGAUGGAUCUCAGAUGUCGCACAACUCCAAUUGCCAUUAACUUUGCACAGUUUGAGAACUUGCUGGGAAUUAGUGUGCAUACUGAAGACCUGCUGAGGAAUCCAGCAUUUGUUACACGGGCCAUAUCCAAAGGCCUGGUGAUCUUUACAUGGGGCGAUGAUGCAAAUGAGCCGGAUAACAGGAAGAAGCUGAGAGAAUAUGGUGUUCAUGGGUUAAUAUAUGACAGAAUAUACGACACAAAUCCUGAACAACCAAAUGUGUUCCAGGUGGAGCAGCUGGAACGUCUCAAGAAGGAGCUGCCAGAGUUGAAAAGCUGUGUGUCCCCCUCAGUUGGCCACUUCAAACACAUGGCUCCAUGUAAAUGCCAUCAUUGUUACUCCGAAGAGAAAGCUGUAGAUAACUUGAAGAGUGUUCAGAUGCAGAAGGACUAAUUGUAGGCAGAAUGCUGUUUUGUAUCUAUAGAAUUUUCACCAUUGGAAUAGUUCUGUCUAUGCUUUCAGGUUGGUUUGGUUUAAUUUUAAGUCUUCAGAUAGCAAUAACUGUGUUCCUCCUUCCUAACAGUACUUAGUAAAAUUUCAAACAAUGUUAAAAUAUUCAGCCAGUUACAGUUAUUGUUCCAAAUUACAUGUACAAUUUUAACUUAUUCCUCACAUCCUAUCAAGUCUUGAAAAAGAAAAUUAUUAUUAUAUUAUUUUGCUUUUUAAAAAACCAAAAAUUAAUUAAGUAGUCUCAGUAGUGAAAACUCAGAAGCUAAACUGUAGAGAAAUUACAAUAAUCUCAUAUUGAAUAUGCUGAAAAUUUGUUUUGAUUUUGAUUUUACUUACAGGCUGACAAGCUGUAGCAUUUAUCUGACAGCAGGAAGCUGAGUGGUUUUAAGAUACAUAUAAAUGGAUCUGGCCUAGAAAAAGAUCUGAACAAAUUGGUACCUCAUGUAUAUGUAUUUGCACUGGUAGAUCCACCUGUACAAAGCUUUGUGCCAUUUUAAAAUAUUUUAUUUUUUAGCAAACUGCAGCUCCUUUUUCCCCAUUUCAUUGGACUUUGAGGCUGCUGCCUUUGUUUCCUCAGCCCCCAGUUCAGGGGCACAGCAAUCAGGGGGGAAGCACAAGUACAGGUUUUUCAUUAAUCACACACAGGCCUGCUAAACUUUAAAAAUGUUGCUAAUAAUCAUAACAGAAUUACAGAAACAUCUUCAGUGGUCGAGAAUCUUUUUUGCACAGUAACCUUAAUGAAGAGUAUGUACCCUGCACAAACUCUACGAAAUGCAUGCUUUAUCUACUAAGCAUGAAUUUUAGGUGUUUGCUGAGGUCCUUGCAUCUUUAUGGUGCUAGUUAUGUGUGAAGGGUGCAAGGACCAACUCAACAACUUAAUCUCCUUUGCCUGAGAAACCACAAGCCUGUUAUUCACAAACAUUUGGAGAAGAGGCUACACCAUACGUGGUACGUAUGUAUACCAUACGUGGUUUGUCUUACUUAUAAUGCAAGCUACUGGCUUUUGUAUUUUGCAAAAUUUUUGGCUUUUACCAUGGAGCAAGAAUCACAAAUGUACUGGAUUCAGAUAAUCAGUAGUCUGUUGGCUGGUAUCUGUCCUCUGUAAUUUAUUACAAAGUCAUAGUUUAGAGUUCUUAAUAGAUAAGUAUGCAUGUCCCUUCUCCUUCUUAUGUUGCAGGUCAUGCCAACACAACAGCUGUAACUUUCUACUGAAAUGUUAAUGUAUAAUAAGAAUGGAAAAUAUUUAUUUUUUUUUCUCUUGUAAAUCAACAAUGAAAACAAUAGUAUGUACUAUAUUCUUUAUAUACAGUCAUUGCUACAUAUAGAACUGAUUGUACAAAGAGUAAAGCCAUUGCAAAUAAGUGCUUGAGCCUGCACUGCUGAGCAGUUUGAAACAGCUUGUUUUGACUUGUGCAUUUUAGUAUUUAAAGUUUGUUUGUCCUGCACAAACAGCACAAUAGUAUUAGGUAUCUGGAAGCCUUCUUUUAUUAAAAAAAAAAUCAAAUGAAAGCGCAAAACAACCCUAAACCAAAA